CUACUACAUAAGUGAAUAAAGAAAUUUAAGUUUGUGGCAAUAACUCAGUUCCUUUGAUGAAUUUGAGCUAGGUCGUUUAACUACCAAUCGCCGGUACAAAUCUUGAAUCAUGCGGAUUUUAAUUGGUGAUUCAGGAUUUAAACCGGCGUUAGGUAGUUCAACGACCUCCAAUUAAAUAAAUUCGGUCCCAUGUAUUGUAUGUAAACUAUUUAGUGGCGGAUACAGGGGGGCGGUAAGGACCUUUGCACCCCCCCGACGGAUUCAGGGGCCCCUGAGAUCUCAGAAUAGCUUCUCAAUUGAACUUCAAGGAAAGAAAAUCUAGUGCAAAACAGAAAAAAUAUCUAUCUAAAAAAAUUUGCAUGCGGCGCGUUUUUGGUUCCUAAAUCUGGAUUAUUUGGUUUAGAAAUAAUUCUAGCACCACCCUCACUUAAAUCCUGUAUCCGCCCCUGAAACUAUAUGGCUAUAAAUGUAAAUAUAUUUAUUGAAAUGCUGCUUCAUAUAUUUCAGAUAUUGGAUAUUGAAAUAUUAAGACCUGAACUAGGUGAGGGAAACUAGUUUCCUUUUAUUCCCGCAAGAUGUCGCACAUUCUGCUGCCUAUUCCAUUCCAACCUAUUCUGAACAAGGAGUAUGCAGAUAUUCUACAGGUUCAGUUUAACAAGAGAUACACAUUCCCAACAGGACGGAGGACUCCUCCGGGUGGGUCGAUCUACACAGCUCCGUACUGGGAGGAUAAUAGGCUACAGAGUAUGAAGACUCGGUUAAACAACUGUAAAUCUAAGCUGAAUGAUCUGCCCUUGUUUAAAUGGCACAAGCACACGAAGAAAAUGAAUCCUGCUGGAACUGUGGCAUUCACGCUUAAAAAAUCAUACAAGCCUGAACUCCUUACUCAGGCGUGGGAGAAGUUUCACGAAUGUUUUCACACGUUCCAGCUCGGACCUAAAGGGAAAGAUUUUCAAACCCUACACUUGUGUGAAGCACCCGGAGCAUUUAUAACCUCACUCAACCAUGCUCUUGUCUCAGCUUAUCCAGAAACAAAUUGGAACUGGAUUGGAACUACUCUCAACCCUCACUACGAAGGGAAUAGUCUAGGGUUCAUGAUAAACGAUGACAGAUUUAUCCUGGGUUGCCUGGAGAACUGGGAGUUCGGAGUUGAUGAUUCCGGAGAUCUCAUGAAGAUUCAGAACCUGGAGAAGUUGAAAGAUAGGUGUAAGCAGAUCGGCGAUAUCGAGCUGGUCACCGCCGACGGUAGCAUAGAUUGUCAGGGUGAACCUGCUAGACAGGAGUCUAUUGUAUCCAACCUAUUGGAGUGCGAGGUCUACGCAGCCCUCUCUGUGCUAGCUAAGGGCGGAAACUUUGUGAUCAAGAUGUUUACAACCUUUGAGAGUGAAACCAUCUGCCUCCUGUACCUCCUUGAUAUCUGCUUCAAUCAGAUAGAAAUAUUUAAACCUGCCACUAGUAAGGAGGGAAACUCGGAGGUUUAUGUUAUCUGUCUCGACUUCCAGAGUUCAGAUUGGCUGCAGAACUUUCUGAAAGAAACAAAGGGUUUGUAUGGAGAAUUUCCUGAUGACAAAUCUAUGUUUGCUAAAGAAGAUAUUCCGGAAGACUUUCUGGAGGCUGUUAGGAAAUCCUCCGAUUUAUUUCUCCAACUGCAGGAGAACGUGAUCGAAAACAACCUUCACUACUUCAAGGAUCCGAUGAAUGUCGGAGAUUUGAAGAAUCUGGCGGAGAUCCAGAGACAGGUGGCAGACCACUACAUAGAGAAGUACAGGAUUGAAGAGAUACCCAACUAUAGGCAAGUUGUCUACAAUAGAGAAGAUCCAUUUAUCAGUCAACUGGACGGACGGAAUGAUCAGGGAACGUAUCUGGACAGGGUGGCAGAGUCUAACCUGGAACCGGAGAAGAAACUGGCAAAUAUCAGGAAAACCUUGAAGGAUUGGAAGGUCAAGGGAAGGAUAAGGUUUGUUGAAUGGGUGACUGCUCCUAAGCUAGCUGCCUGCCUAGAGAAACCUGUCCGAGGGAUCGGUAUUAAACUCACCAAGAUACAAAGCUCUAAGUUCUGCACAGGACGACAUCUACAGUAUUAUAACGAGACUAUUGAUCUGCUGAACCAGAUUGAGGGGAAGGAAGAGAACGGAGAACCAAAGAAGAAGAAACGGAAACAAGAUAAACCAUUCUCAGGGUCUACCCAACCACUGGCAGAGUGUAGAGAAGAAUCCAAAAUAUUAAACAAGAUUUCUAAAAUAUUCCCUGAUAUUGUGGAGAAAACGAAGGUUUUAAGUUUAAGUCUACCCACGGCCCGAACCAACAAUAUCUUGAAUAGUGAGUGUGAACCGAGGAACCAGCUUAAACUUAUUGAAACAGUUAUAACAGCGAUAACAGGUCUAGAUACUGGUGAUCAUAUUAUCCUGGAGGGAUUCCCACUGUUCACCAGAAUUACAGUUGCUAUAUUCCUCUCCAUAGCCUCCUUGUUUGAGGAUGUUGGAUUUGUCCGACCCUAUGGAAAAGAUCAUCUGAUUAUUCUCUCCAAGUUCCUGGUUCGGAAGGAAUCCUCAGCUACAGAUGAGAGUCUGGCAGGGUUGGAGAGAAUACUAACCGAGGUUAUGAGUGGAGCGGAGGAUGAACAAGUUCUCUCCGUCUGGUCUGUUAAAGAUCUAGUUCAGGAUCCAAUCUACUCAGAGAUGGUUUUAUUCAACCAGUUAACUAUCAAGGAGCAGAUUGUCAACCUCACAAACUUCCUGGAACCAGAACCUGCUAAACUGGAAGCAUCAGAUAAGCCAGCAGAACCGGACACUAAGUAGUUCCCCUCUUUGACUUCAACCCUAUGAAAGCUGCUAAACAUGAUAAAUAUUUCAGA